AUGGCGGCCACUUUGAGACCAUACCUACUGGUGGUUCGGCGGACACUCGAGGCCGCCAUCUGUUUGGUUGACUUCAACUCACAGGUCGUCGAGAGACACAAUAAGCCCGAGAUUGAGGUGAAGAGCAGCAAAGAGCUGAUCCUCAACUCAGUGGUGAUCAGCCGUAAUGAGAGGGAACGGGUGCUGAUCGAGUCGUCCAUCAAUUCCGUGCGGAUCUCCAUUUGCAUCAAACAGGCGGACGAUAUCGAGAGGAUUCUGUGCCAUAAGUUCACCCGUUUUAUGGCUAUGAGAGCCGACAGUUUUGUGAUUCUUCGCCGAAAGCCGGUCACCAAUUAUGACACCGCGAAGAAGCCUCUGGUGGUCAACAAUAAUAGCAAUAAUAGUAAUAAUAACAGCAAUAAUAACGACAUGAAUAACGGCGUGGAGACCGGUUUCGACAUCUCCUUCUUGAUCACCAAUUUUCACACCGAAUCCAUGUUUCGCUACAAAAUCAUUGACUUUAUUAUCCAUUUCAUGGAAGAGAUCGACAAAGAGAUUAAUGAGAUGAAACUGGCCAUCAAUGCCAGGGCCAGAAUCACCGCCGAAGAGUUCCUUAAGAAAUUCUAA